CAUAUAUACAUAUACACAUGUAAUAAUUUUUUUCUGAGUAGAGGCAUUACAUUCUGAUUUUUACUUUCUUCCUACCUUUUAGUACUGUCAGUUUUUUUUUUUGUUUCGUAAGAGUCCUUUACAGUUUGAAAAACAGCUGUAGUAUGAGUAUGUGAAAGAUUUAGUGUUGUCUCCAACUUGCCAGAGGAUUCCUAAGGAAUAUACAACUGGCAAAAUUUGACAGUUGUUUCAUAACUCUACCCCCUUUUUACAUCAAAGUUUAAUGUUUUGUACUUUGCAGCAACUACUACUUAACUUUCCAUUUUUUAGACUUUUCGCUUUUUAAAUGACAGUCUAUUUAAUGUGACUUAAUUUUUCCUCUAAGAGAGAUAGACUUUGAUAUGACAGUGGUGUUACUGGAAAAUAGCCUCGGUUCUUGUCUUCGGCGUAGGAAAGAAUUCAAACACUGAGACAAAUAGUGUCAAGCGAGCAGAGGUUUAUUAGCUAGCAGAAGGUUAGUAGCAAAGUAUACUUGACUAGGGAGCAUCAAGCAGGCUACUCAAAUAGAGAGAGAGUCCGUCCGAGUGCCCCAUAGUCGUUUUCUUAGUGUUUUAUACCCUUUUUCUCUUAUCACGCUCCCUGUUAACGUUUAACAGCCAGGUCAGGGACCCCUGUAGAGACUAUUUCCUUGGCUUACCAUUUAAUUACCAAGUUAGGGACACUAUCAAGUUAGGGACCAAUUCCUUGGCUCAACAUUUAACUACGUAGGGACCAUCUUGCUGCAGAACGUCACCAUCCCAUCUCUUCCUUCUCCCGAGUGAAAGCUGUCCUCCUCCCCCUUGCAAAAGUAGUUUAGGAAAAUGGGUGUAUGGGACAAAAAACUGAUUUGGCCUUUUGUCUCUGGUUUCUGAAAAUAGCAUUUGGAAUCCCCCAGCAAUCCAAAGUGUGUUUGUUUUUCUACCAUAGCCAGGCAACACUUAAAUGUUUGCAAAUGAAGUGGAAGCCCAAGUACUACACCUGGUAAAAUAACUUCAGGAAAAAAGAUGGGCAUGAUGGAAUCAGUUAUGCAUAUCCAGUGAUUCAGUCAAUCAUUGAGUACGUAUUAAGGCCCCAGGCAUAUAUAUUUACAAAGGAGCCCUGGUGGCCCGGUUAAGUAAGUGCUCAACUGUUAACCUAAAGAUUGGAGGUUUAAACUCAACCAGCAGCUCUGAGGUCUUUCUAUGGGCACCUAACAACAAAAUGCAAAUACAUUGUGGCCCAAAUAACUAUUAUAAAGUGAUAGCCAACACAGCCGGGAGCUACUUGGCUCCUCAUGUCCAUUAGCAAACAAAUCUUUAGGUGAUGGUGAUGGGUGUGGCUCAAUUGGGAGCUGCUCAGACCUAGCCCAACUUGCUCCCUCCUGUCCAUUGUCCUCAAAGCUCUGGGUGUAGCUUAAGCCAGUCAAACCCAGUUUACUAGCCUCCGUGUCAAAGAAAAAAAAAGCAACAUGUCUUACUGCGCCUGUGCACCGUGGUAACCAAUGUAGUCCAUAAAGUUUGUGUGUACUUCCUUGUGAGAGACAGUACAAAAGGUUCUGCUUCCCUUUGUUUCAAAGCUUCUCCUUGCUACUUGCCUGUGGGCUUGCAAUAAACACUCUUCCUCACUCCUCACCUGGGUGUUCCUUCUUUGAGGAAGCUGCACUGAGCAGAACCUGCCUUAGGUAACAAAAGGACCUUGAACUUUGAGCUUCUGGAUUGAUGAUGUGUGUAGAAGGACCUGCACAUCUCUGGGGGACAUGAAGGUCCUUGCUGAAAGUUUCCAGACCUCACCUGGCAUCUCUUCGUGUAUAUACUUUUGUGGCUAUAUUAAAAAGGUUAUACAUUAUGCUCUUUUAAGAACUAUACGGGAUCAAAGUGGGAAGAGCAACUUGAAAGAUUAGAUAGGAACCUUAGAGGGCAGUGAGUUUACGUUAAUGAAUAGGAACAAGUCAGAAAAGGAAGGCGAAAAGGGUGCACAACUUGAAUGUAAUCAAUGUCACUGAAUUGCACAUGUAGAAACUGUUGAAUUGGUGCAUGUUUUGCUGCGUAUAUUCUCAACAACAAAAGUUUAUAGUGAGUAUAGCUCUUUCUGUGAGUUCUGUGAGUCUUCCUAGCAAAUUAUCCAAACUACCAGGGACCAUGAGGACCAGCAGGGCCUGGCAUCCGCCUAUUUGACAGUUGAUUAUGAGGACAGAAUCUUAACUUGUGAAGACCCCACCCUUGGGUGGCUGGUGGACAGAAGAAAGCUGUGAAGCAGUCAUUUCGUAAAGACCUAACUCUGGGUGGUUAAGAUUAGUGAGAAAAUGCCAGUUCGGUGGCUGGUGUCAGAGAAGUAGAAAGCAGGGAUGUGGAUUAUCUGCACAUUUUGGGGACUGGCCUUGUGUCAGUUAUUAUUAAAAUGUUACCCAAAACAGGUCCUGCUCAGUGCAGCUUCUCAUCAAUAAAGGCACACCGAGGCAAAAAGGGAGGAAGAGCGUUUAUUACAAGCACACACGCAAGGAGCAGGAAACCCUGGUGGUGUAGUGGUUAAAAGCUAUGGCUGCUAACCAAAAGGCUCGCAGUUCAAAUCCAUUAGGCACUCCUUGUGUUACUGGGAUAAGUUUCUUGCCUCUCACUAGUCAAGAAUGAGCAGGUAAGGCCAUAGUUUUCCACACGAGCAACGCUUACCAUCAUCUCACAGAACAAAAGACAGCCCGAAUUUUUAAAAGUUCUUGGGCAAGAAAAGAUUCAUGUUUAUUCAUAGGCACGGGCAGGGAUAUGUUAACUAAGUUGCACAUGCAGCAGCUUUCCAAGAUGGCUUCUGUCCCAGAGGCCUCUUGGAUUUGUAGCAGGACUUAUUAUGGGGUGUCGCGCCCGUGCAGUCUCUUGCUCCCAGGGUUCGAUUCCCUGGCUGGGGCUGUGGCCCCUCAGUGCCUCUAGUGGAAGGUUGCUCAGCGGUCACAGGUGGAUGUUCUGCUCAUGUUCCUGGGCCUGGUUUUCUCCAGCUGCUUCUGAAAGGCAACUUUAAACAAGUUUGCGGGCUAUUUGUAGACACCUGCCCCAUUGACCCGGGAAAUGGCUUUGUUUCUGUGCCCUGACCCAUUUCUUGUUACUUUGUUUGCAGAUUUGGGGGCCUCUCUGUUCUCUGUCUUACUAAGUCUCUAUGUUCCACACUCAACCCUCUAUUACCUCCCUGAUCCAAAACCCACUGCCGUGGAGUUGAUUCCGACUCAUAGCGACCGUAUAGCACAGAGUAAAACUGCCCCAUAAAGUUUCCAAGGAGCGCCUGGUGGAUUUGAACUGACAACCUCUUGGUUAACAGCUGUAGCACUUAACUACUACGCCACCGGGGUUUCCGCCUCCCUGAUAAAAAACCCAAAACCAAACCCAGUGCAGUCGAGUCAAUUCCGACUCAUAGCAACCCUAUAGUAUAGUCUAUUUCUCUUUUACUUGCUUCUCCUCUAACCACACCAGUCUCUUCACUGUUUCUCAAACAGGCACCCUCCGAUCUCAGGGACUUUGCUCCCUGUCUUACUUAGAAACACAAUGGGGCAGUUCUACCCUGUCCUAUGGGUUGCUAUCAACUUGACAGCAACGUUUUUGGUUUUAGUUUAGGCAAGGAGCAAGGAGGUAUAUACCUCAAAUCAAGCUCCCCUGACAAUGGGAGGCAGAAUCUUUUAUACUAUCUGUCAUGGAUUGAGUUAUGUCCCCCCCAAAAAUGUGUGUAUCAAUUUGGCUGGGCCAUGAUUCUGGUAUUAUAUGAUUUUCCUGUAUGUUGUAAAUUCUGCCCCUAUGAUGUUAAGGAGGGAGGAUGAGUGGCAAUUGUGUUAGUGAGGUAGGACUUAGUCUACAGGACUGGAUUGUGUCUUGAGGCUAUCUCUUGAGAUAUAAAAGAGAGAAGCAGCAGAGAGAUGUGGGGACUUCAUACCACCAAGAAAGCAGUGCCUGGUGCAGUGUGCGUCCUUUGAACCCAGGGUUCCUGAGCAGAGAAGCUUCUAGUUUGGGGAAAGAUUGAUGAGAAGGCUGACAGAGAGAAAGCCUUCCUCUGGAGCUGACACCCUGAAUUUGAACUUUUAGCUUACUUUACCGUGAGGAAAUAAAUUUCUCUUGUGAAAGCUAUCCACUGGUGGUAUUUCUGUUACAGCAGCACUGGAUAACUGAGACACUGUCUUUCACAAGGGAGUACAUACAAACAUUAUGGACUACGCAGGUUAUCAUGGUGCACAGGCGCAGUAAGACAUACUGCAUUUUUUUUCUUUGGCAUGUAGGCUAGUAAAAUGGGUUUGACUGGCUUGAGCCACACUCAGUGCUUUGAAGACAAUGGACAGCAGGGGGCAAGUUGGGCUAGGUCUGAGCAGCUCCCAGUUGAGCCACACCCAUCACCAUCACCUAAGCUUUUGUUUGCUAAUGGACAAGAGGAACAGGUCACAAACUCCUUUAACACAAUGAGUAAGGUCAUUCUUCAUUUAGAUAUCAACAUUACUUUAUUUCACUUGAAAAAAGUAAACAUUUUAAACUUUUCAUUGAAAUCACAGUUCCAUGAAUAAUACGGCAAGAAAAAUUCAGAAUAUUUUUUCAACGUCUUAAAACUUGUCUCAGUGGAGAAGACUUUAAACUCAGUAGUCUACAAAUUACGUUUAAAAUAGAGAUGCGUAUGAACUUAUUUCUAAUGCUUGAGUGUUUACUCCUAAGCCAGUCUCUGGGAAAGUUGCUAGUAGCCAACUCGACGUCAUUUAGAAUCUAAGCACUUAUACCCAUUUUCCCUUCAUUCCCCACCAGCCCACCCCAGGCUGUCUCUUUUUGGAAAUCUCUUUGUCACUCUGGAGCAUCUGUUACAAAUGGUAGACAGGAGAAACACAACCCUCUCAAUUUCAUCAGUAGAAUUUGGAGAGAGGAGUUUGAAGGCAGAAAAUUACUCUUUCUGGGUUAUUAGUAAAAUUCAGAAUUCAAUGCUGUCCCUAUUUCUAUUUAUCGUUUUUUCCUAUUUCUAUUUACCACAAAUAACCAAGUUGCCAAGGCUAGUUUAGAAUACCAUGGAAUAUAUAUUUGUUAUUCUAAAUCAUUCUAUAGAAUAUAACUUUUCUGUUAUCUUGCCAAGUACUCUGGUGGUGCAGUAGUUAAAAACUUGGCUGCUAACCGAAAAAUCAGAGGUUUGAACCCACCAGCCACUCCCUGGGAUAGCCUGCUUCCGUAAGGAUUUACAGCCUUGGAAACCCUAUGGGUCAGUUCUACCCUGUCCUGCAGCAUCUCUAUGAGUCAGAAUCAGCUCCAAGGCACACAACAUCAGGUCUGUAACCAAGAAGUCAAAUCGUAACAGACUAGUAUAUUUUAAUCAGAUCAAUGAACUACUUUUGUUUUUGAUUCUGUCGUAGUGAAGAACUAGAACUGAUUGAAAAUUAAAUUCUAUUUGGAUACGUAUGAAGAACGUCUUGAAAUCUUGUGAUGAAAACUGCGUUGAAGAAAAAAAUAUCAGAAUUAAUGAAGUUAUGAGAUAGAGAACGUCUUCUGCUAUAAACUCACUCCCCAAUAGAUGGUGCUAUCUUCUCUAGUGAGUGCUACCCUGGUCCACCUUCUCUUAAAACGUAGGCAACAGGGAAUGUAAGAGUAAUGUGAAGUUUUGUAUAGAAUAAUUUCAUUGUAAACAUUCUUCUAUUACCCAUACACUCUGGCUUGUAAGACAUCAUUCCACACCAUCCAGUUUGAAAAUCUGCGACUGAUUCCUCUUAGGUAUUUGAUCUUUUCUGCUGUAGCUGUAGGAAAUAAUUUAAAAGAUCAUUUGGAUCGUAGUAAUGUUACUAGGAGGGAUCAAGCUAGUAUAACUCUUUCAGAAAAGUUAUCUCUGGAAAAGACUUGUCGCUUUCCCUAUAUAUUCCCCAAAAAUGACAUCGGGCCUUAACAAUAUUGUUGAAGGAGGUACUACUUCCUCAAUUGAUAAAUGUUUAAUGAUGAUCUACAUAGUGCUAAGAACUGGGAGUGAAAACAGAAGUUAAGCUUCUUAAUACUGAAGGACCUAGCCUAAUGUUUCCCAGACUUAUCAUUUUCAUACAUCCUACUAGAUUUUGCUGCAAUGAUACACUUCUUUACCAUAGUAGGCUGACUACUUUUCUUUAAAGUAGCUCUCUUUCAUUUUAAAAGGAAACCCUAUCACUAAUAUUAACAAAAAAAAAAAGUUGCAUAGGCAGAAGGUAGUCAUUAAAAAAUAUCACAACAACAAAACUAUAUUAUAAAUUCUAGCAAAUUACUUUUCCCUACAGAGGUUGCUGAGACCUGCUUUCAUAAAAAGGAAAACAGUCACACGAUAGAUGUUAAAGACAUACUGGCACCAAACUAAAACUUUCUCUCUAACGUAAUCAAAGAUAUACCCUGCAAUUCACUACUUAAUGCCAAAACAGUGCGACACAUAAAACCUUCUAUAGUACCACCACUGAUGAGUGUCCUACAUUUUGGGAAAUACCCUAGCCAGGAACCAGUCAUUAUAAUACAGUUUCACCAGUGCUACAUAAAGGCAUUGUGGUGUGUUUUGCAAGAUACAAUGGAAGCAGAUUUGUCUCUAUGGAGGAGGAAGACUGGGAGUUAUUUUAGAGGAAAUAGUCAUUUGAGCUGUUUAUUGAAAGAUGAGUACAAAUUCACUGAGCAACAGAAGAGAAGACAGGGUAUGUCAGGUAGAGUGAAAUAGAUGGGCCAAGGGACAAUUGCGGUGGUGGGAGUGGUCUGGUAUGCUGUUGGGGUGGAGCCCAGCAGAGCUCUGUGGUCUCCCAGAGCUGAGGAGGCAUUGAUCAAGUUCAGGCUGCUGAAGUAGCCAGAAUUUGCAAGACAGGGGACGGAAGGGGAAGAAGCUGUACAUACACAGGGUUACACAGGACAGCACUCCACAAGGCCUAGCAGAGGAGAGUGCUGCUGGCUGAAAGCUGAAAAAAGAUACUAAACAUGGCCCCAGAGCUGGAAGAAGUUGGAGCUCCGGUCCAGCCAGAAUGGGGGGACCACACUGAGCACUUCUGAUAAUCAGAUGAAAUCCCAGAAAGUCAAUGCCUUAGAAGUAUGGUCACGCCCUAGACUAGAGGCCACACCGUAAGAACUAGGAGUAAUCAAGGAUUUCUUAGAACACAAAUAGCACUAACAAUAGAAGAAAAAUAUAUGAUGAAUUUAUCUUCAUCAAAAUUAAAGACAUUUUUAAAGAAAAGGAAAAUGUUAGCCACGGAUUAAGAGUACAUGUUUUCCAGUUCAUGUCUGACAAGGGGCUAGCAUCCAUAAUGUGCAAAAACCAAAUCCACUGCCGUCGAGUUGAUUCCUACUCAUGGCUACCCAAUAAGUGAGAGUAGAACUGUCCCAUAGGGUUUUGUGAUAUGCAAAGAACUAUAAAUCAAUAAGAAAAGCAAACCAUUUUUUUUUUAAUGAGAAAAGACAUUUUUAUACCAGAGAUAAAGAAUGGCCAAUAUGCAUAUGAAAGGGCAUUCAACAGUAUUAGUCAUCAGGGAGAUGCAAAUUAAAACCGCAAGGACAUAACAAUUCACACCCCCUAGGGUGGCUGGGAAACAAUAAAGUACUGAUACAAUGUGAGCGAGGAUACUGAGCAAAUGCAACUCUCAUACAUUACAGAUGGGAAUGAAAAACCAUUGGCACUUUCUUAGACAGUGAAACAUGUUGUUACCCUGUGACCCAUCAUUUCACUUUAGAUAUUUACACACGUGAAAUGGUAGCAUAUAUCCAUGGAAAGAAUCAUACAAUAAGAUUUAAAACAGGUUUAUUUAUAAUUAUCCCAAAUUGGAAACAGUCUAAAUAUCCAUCAAUUGUUGUGGUGAGUUUCCAUCGAGUUAGCUCCAACUCAUGACAACCUUAUGUAUAACUAUGAAACAUUGCCUGGUGUUGUGCCAUCUUCAUAAUCUUUGGUAUAUUGGAGUCCAAUCCAUAAAUAGAGAGAAAGAAUAAACCUGGCGUGUAUGUUUGCACAAUGGCAUUCUACUUAGAAAUGAAAGAUAAGAGCAGACCAACAUGGAUGAAUUCCAAAAACAUUACGUUGAACACAAGAAGCCAGACAUAAAAGUAUAUAUUCUGUAUGAUUCCAUUUAUAUGAGAUUCAAGAAGAGUCAAAAUUAGUGCAUACUGAUAGGAAUAAAAAUGGUAGUUUGUUUGGGGCAUAGAGGUUAACUAGAGGGGGCGAUAAGGGAAUUUUCUGGGGUGAUGGAACUGUUCUAUAUCUAGAUUACAGUGUUGGUUACGGUGUUGGUACUUGUCAAAAGCAAAACAUAUAUACAUUUAAGGCAUGUGAAUUCAUGGUAUAUUCAUCUGUCCUAGUCAUCUAGCACUGCUUUAACAGAAAUACCACAAGAAAUUUAUUUCUUCACAGUAAUGUAGGCUAAAAGUCUAAAUUCAGAGCAUUAGCUCUCUUUCUUUCCCUGUUGGCCUUCACAUUAACUUCCCCGUGCAGGGACCAGCUCUGCUUUUAGCACUGUUUUCUUGGUAUGAGGUCCCCCCCCUCUUUGAUUCCCUUUGCUUUUUAUCUCUUGAGAGAUAAAAGGUAGGGCAGGCCACACCCCAGAGAAGCUCCCUUUACAUUGAAUCAGGGCUAUGACCUGGAUAAGGGUGUUACAAUCCCACUGUAAUCCUCUUUAACAUAAAAUUACAAUCACAAAAUGGAGGACAACCACACAAUACCGGAAAUCGUGGCCUAACCAAGCUGACACACAUUUUUGGGGACACAAUUCAAUCUGUGACAAAAUCUAAUUUUUGGAGGCCUGGUGGUUCAGUGGUUAAGAACAACUGUUGCUAACCAAAAGGUCAGCUGUUAGAAUCCACCAGCCCCUCCUUGGAAACGAUAUGUGGCAGCUCUACUCUGUCAUGUAGGGUCACUAUGAGUCGGAAUUGACUCAACUGCAGUGGGUUUUAUGUCUCACCUUAAUAAAAAUGUUGUAUCAUUUUAAAUUGUUAACUUAAAAAUAAAUUCAUAAUUAUGAAAAUGUUUCACCACUUUAAAAAAUUAAGCGUUUCUUCCAUCUUCAUAUAUUUAAAAAUGAAUUUCUGCAAGGUUAAUUCAAACUUCAAAUGAACCAACUAUUGGAACCAAAAUCGAGAAACUUUUUAAAUCCUUUCUCUUCAACAGGAAUUUUAAUCUUGUUCCUUGGCAUUUUAAAAACUGUUGCUCCUUUAGACACUACACUCUUUUAUUUUAUUGUGCUUUAGAUGAAGGUUUACAGAGCAAAUUAGUUUCUCAUUAAACAAUUAAUACAUAUAUUGUUUUGUGACUUUGGCUACCAACCCCACAACAUGUCAACACUCUCCCUUCUUGACCUUGGGUUCCUCAUCACCAGCUUUCUUGUCCCCUCCUGCCUUCUUAUUCUUGCCUCUGGGCGUGUGCCCGUUUUGUCUGGCUUUGUUUUAUGGGCCUGUCUAAUCUCUGGCUGAAGGGUGAACCUCAGGAGUGAUUCAGGACUGAACUAAAAGGGAGUCCAGGGGCCAUUCUCUCAGGAUUUCUCCAGUCUCUGUCAGACCAGUAAGUCUGGCCUUUUUUUGUGAGUUGGAAUUUUAUUCUACAUAUUUCUCCACCUCUGUCUGGGACCCUCUAUUGUGAUCCCUGUCAGAGCAGCCAGUGGUGGUUGGCAGGCACUGUCUAGCUGUGCUGGACUCAGUCUGGUGAAGGCUGUGGUAGUUGUGGUCCAUUAGUCAUUUGGACUAAUCUUUCCUUUGUGUCUUUGGUUUUCUUCAUUGUCACCUGUUCCAGAAGGGGUGAGACCAGUCGAGUAUCUUACACGGCUGUUCACAAGCUUUUAAGACCCCGGAUGCUACUCAGCAAAGUAGGAUGUAGAACACUUUCUUUAUAAACUAUAUUAUGGCAAUUGAGGUAUAUGUCCCUCAAGACUGUGGUCCCAGGCCCUCAGGGAGUUUGGAUGUGUAGAGACCAUACUUGUUUUCAAAUUAACAUUCAAUAGAACUUUAGUUCUCGGGUUAAACAAACAAACAAAAAAACCAAACUUGUUGCCAUCAAAUCAGUUCUGAAUCUUGGCAAUCCCAUGUGUUACACAGUAGUGCUGCCCCAUAGGCAUGUCCCAAGAACUGGAGAUCAGAGGAUGAUUAGAUGAAUGCAUGAGCUUUGCCAGAACAUUCUUUUAUAUCAUGAAUGCAGGCCACACCCCCAAGGAAACUGCUCUUUCAACUGAUUGUCUGCUCACAUUAGAUCACAAAAUGGGAGUUGGUAACACAGUGUUUGCCAAACCACCGAGAAUUAUAGCCUAGCCAAGUUGACACAUAAUAUUAGCCAUCGCACUACCCAUACUCCACCAAACCCAUGUAAGCCCUAGCCUUGCUUCCCCUUUUGAGUCAGCCUUUUGGAGAGGCUUAGUUCCCUGCUGGCUCCUUUUGCUUGAAUCAAGCAAAAUAAAGCUUGCCGAAGAUAGUUUGUCUUUUGCUGGUAUUCUUACUCAGGAAAAGACAAGGACCCUUUGUGUCAGAUUGACGAUUGGUAACACUACUGCCUGCAAUGUGGACAUGAUGGCUGGAAUGCCAGCAGUUAUCAUGGACUCAUGUAGUAACCUUGACGGAAGAAGCCACAUACUGAGGAUAACAGAGCAGAAUUAUAGGAGUUUUGGUCCCUGAUAGCUGUGAAGUUGCACUGAACUAACAUCAAACUUCUUUCAUAUAAGAGACAAAUAAAAUUCUAUCUUAUUUAAGUUACACGAUAUUUUGGAUUAAAUGCUGCUAAAUAUAAUCUUAGCUGAGUCGUGAGUUAUCAUUUAUCCUACCCCUUCAACCCAGUCUUUGGAGGUGACAAAGCACAGGUCAAUUACAGAAUUUGCCAAAAUCGCAACCCAACCCUAUUCCUGAAACCUCUUGAAUGAGUUCCCCAUGUUCCCACUCUGUGUUUCCUCUGUAUAGUGAUACCAAUAAGUUAUUGUUGUUAGGUGCUGUCGAGUUGUUCCAACUAGUAGUGACUGUAUUUACAUACAACAGAAUGAAACACUGCCCAGUCCUGCACCACCCUCCCAGUUGUUGCAAUGUUUUAACCCAUUGUUGCAGCGACUGUGUCAAUCUAUCUCGUUGAGGGUCUUCCUCUUUUUCACUGACCGUCUUUCUCCAGGGACUGGUCCCUCCUGAUAACAUACUGAAGUACGUGAGACAGUCUCUCAGUCCUUGAUUUUAAGGAAUGUUCUGGCUGUAAUUCUUUCAAGAUAGAUUUGUUUGUUCUUCUGGCAGUCCAUAGUAUUCAGUAUUCUUCGCCAACACCAUAAUUCAAAGGCAUCAAUUCUUCAGUCUUCCUUAUUCAUUGUCCAGCUUUCACAUGCAUAUGAGGUGAUUGCAAAUACCACGGCUUGAGUCAAGCACCACUUAGUUCUCAAAGUGACAUCUUUGCUUUUUAAUAAUAUAUAGAACCAGAAAUAGAUCCAGAAUUUGAGGAAGUUAAAGCUUCUAUAGUUCGGGGGGUUUAUUUAAAAAAAAAAAAAAAUUAGGUACCGUGUUAGGCAUGGUUCAUUCCUUAGAAGCAGAGUCUAAGACGAGGAUUCUUGUAUAAGUGAUUUAUUGAGGGCAGGCUCUCAGGAAAUUUUAGUUAGUGAGGGAAUGCAAGAUAGGGCAGGGGAGCUAGGUGAAGGUGUGGAUUCAGAAGAUACUAGCCUGAGCCUGAUCCCAUGGGGGGCUCUAGAGUAUGAAUUACCCCACCAUGAGGCAAGAACUUUUAUACUAAGCAUCAGCCUGUCAUUGGGGAUGGCCCAACCUCCAAGGCAUCUCCAGGCAAGGUGGCUCUCCUAGGCCAUGGACAAUUCAUCAUCUGCAGAAGGGAACAGCUAUGAGACCUUAGCAGUAAACACCUGGAGCCGUUGGGAGCUGGAUGCACGGGCUUGCUGAAGGGAAUCAAGGCAGGAACCAACAGCUAUUGCUGCAGGUAUGAAAAUGAAAAUGAAGAGAAAGUGAAGAAGAAAAAAUGAGUCAUUUUAAAUUAAAAAAAAUUGAUAAACACUGCAAAUACCACAAAAUCCAGAAAGUUACAUAAUUGAGAUGCUUGGCAUCUCUCUAAUAUAGCACUUCUAUUUUUUUACUGUAUGAUCUUUGAUCAUUUCUUCCUGUGACAAUGGUGUGCUAUUAUUUUCUAUAGUCAGUAUAGAAAGAUAAUUUAACUGUCUAGCAUAGCUGAUGGAAAUUUAUUUUACAUUAUUGAUUGCUUAAAAAGUUUCCUUUACCUUUACAACUUAUUAUUAGUAAGGUCAUGUACAUUUUUAGGAUUGUUGUCAAAUUUGGGAAAGGCUUUAUCAAUUUUUUUCCAUAUACAAGCUAUAAGAUUUAAAGACAUUGCAAGUUUUCUUGAGCAGUGAUGAAUCCUACAUUCUCUCUGAAUUGACCACACUCGAUGAUCAGUUUGUCUUCAAUAUACUGUCACAGUAAUGUAUAAUGAGUUUUAUGUUAUCUUUAUUGAUGUUAGUACUUUGUGUCUAAUCAACAGGAAAUUUAAGCCUUCUAAUAAGUGACGUGAUCCGACUUCGUCAAGAUCAGAUGCAUGAAAUACACGAUCCUAUACUUAGCAAUGUGUAAUAUAACACAUUCCUCCACAGACAGAUGUAAUCUACAAACACAGUAAUAUUACUAUGUUACUAGGCCCGUCCAGGGCCUUGGAAGGGGCCUGUGUAUGUGAGGGGCCCUGACGCUUAAACUUUACUAACUCCACAAUACAUCUGCCUCCAGGUAGGAUGGGUGGAAUACCAUCUAUCCAGGAACACUUAGUUUAUUUAUGCUAUUGUAACCACACUUCCAGGAGAAGCAACAGUCGCCAUGCCUAAGAAGUCCUUGAGUUCAAUGAGGCUUGGGAAUACCGUUUUAUCCACAAAUCAAACUCUUUUCCUUGAUUUCAAUCUUUGGCUUCUGCGUAGAUUCCUCCCAAAUCUCAGCUAUGUUUCUUCCUCUUUCUUAUGGUUGCAGGAAUGUCAAACUGAGAUCUCUAUCUCUUUAUUAGGCUUGUAUCUCCACAUAUCUUAUUGACCGAGACAUAUUCUCACUAACGGAGUCAUGUUCACAUAAGCUGCUAAUUCUGUGCAAUUAAUUUCUAGUAUAUUAAUACACAAAAUAUUUGCAAAUAUAUAUAUCCAUGUGAUACAUUAAUCCUUUAUAACAUUUCUAACUAGAUACAUUAUAUCUUUUAAAGUUUUAUAUUUUGUAUUCUGAAAAGUUCUAUGUUUUAGAAACACUUGUAAUUUAAUCUUAUUAAUUUCCUCAGAAUAUAUCUCUUUUGAGCAACUCUACACACUGCAAGUUUAAAACAAAAUGUGGCAAGGUAGCAAAAGGAUGGUGAACAAAUUCUCUAGUAUGAGUGUUGUUAGCUGUCAUCGAGUUCGCCCCUGACUCAUGGAGACCCCACGCACAACAGAAUGAAAUGUUGCCUGGUCCUGUGCCAUGCCACAAACGGUUGCAAAUCAGACCAUUGUGAUCCGUAGGGUUAUCAAUGGCUGAUUUUUGGAAGUAGAUUGCCAGGCCUAUCUUCAUUGUCCAUCUUAAUUUGACAGCUCUGCUGAAACCUGUUCAGCAUCCUAGCAACACACAAGCCUCCAAUGAUAGAUAAGCGGUUGCUGUGCUAGAGGUUCACUGGCCAGGAAUUGAACCCGGGUCUCCUGCAUGGAAAGUAAGAAUUCUACCACUGAACUGUCACUGCCCACCUGGUAUAAGUAAUAGUGGCUAAAAGUGGAAUCUAUUACUACAGUAUUGUCACCUCACAGAUUGGUUGAUAUUUAGCACUUUUCCUCUAGAUUUUUCUGUUGGCUUUUAAGGUUUUCAACUUCCAGAGGCUUGUUCUCCUGGGCAGAAUCAUGGGUUGGUUAAGCUGAUUCUCUGUAUUCCAUUGCUGUCAAGUCAAUUCUGCCUCACGGUGACCCUAUAGGACACAGUACAACUGCACACAGGGUUUCCAAGGGUAUAGUCUUUACGCCUUGGUGAUAGAAACGACUUUGGAGAUAGCAUGAUAGAACUUGGUAAGACCAACGAUUUAAUCAUUGCAGAUAUCUUUUUUUACAACGUAAACAGCAACUACAUAUAUGGACCUCGGUAGAUGCAAUACACAGGAUUCAAAUCAGUUAUAUCUGCGGAAAGAGCCUAUGGAGAGUUCAUUAUUAUCAGUCAGAACAAGGCCAGGGUCCGACUGUGGAACAGGCCAUUAAUUGCUCGUAUACAAAUUCAAGUCGAAGCUGAAGAAAAUUAAAACAAGUCCACGAGAGCCAAAAUACAGCCCUGAGCAUAUCCCACCUGAAUUUAGAGACCAUCUCAAAAAUAGAUUUGACGCAUUAAACAUUAAUGACUGAAGACCAGACAAGUUGUGUGAUGACAUUAAAGACAUCAUACCUGGAGAAAGCAAAGGUCAUUAAAGAGACAGGAAAGAAAGAAAAGAUCAAAAUGGCUGUCAGAAGAGACUCUGAAACUUGCUGUUGAAUAUAGAGCAGCUAAAGCAAAUGGAAGAAAUGCUGAAGCAAAAGAGCUGAAAAGAAGGUUUCUAAGGGUUGCUCCAGAAGACAAAGUAUUAUAAUGAUAUGCACAAAGACCUGGAGUUAGAAAACCAGAAGGGAAGAACACGCUCAGCAUUUGUCAAGCUUUGUGUUACACUAAAUAUUUAUGGUGAAAAGAGAGGAAGAUCUUCAACGAGAUGGAUUGAUUGACACAGUGACUACAAUUGUUACCGCAAUUUCGCAAGUUAGAGCCACCUGCUGCAAACAGCCAAUUCUAGAGAUGGGGUGAGGAGGGUAGCAAGAGCUUUACUAUAUAUAUCGAUAUAUUGAGACAGAGGGAAAUGAUCUCCUCCUAAACCUGCCUGUCUAGAGAAACUGGAGGCCAGCUGGGGUUUUAUAGGGAAAAAGGGACAUGGGUUUUAGGAACUUGUGGAAGGUCCAUUCUCUUUCUGUGUGGCUUCAGUGGUAAUGUCUCAAACAUGUUGAUCUUUUCCUGUCAUUAUCCAAUCAGCCCAGGGGAUGACUGGUGCCAUCCUGGUAAGCAUCAUCCUGUUUGACAGGUUUAGAUCGAUACCACUUGUUUUUCCACGGUCCUAGAGGAAACAUUGACAUUGGUUAACUUUUAGAGGAGCUAACAGCAAAAUCAUACUUGGAGACAGAGACAGGCUGGGAAGGGGAAAAAAAUGGUGCAGGUGCUGUUCAAGAUUUGGCUGAGCAGCCUGUUCCACAAUGAUGGGCUCAAGCAUAGCAACUAUUAUAAAGAUGGCAUAGGACAGGACAGUGUUUUGUUCUGCUGUGCACGGGUUUGUUAUGAGUCAGAACCGACUAGAUGGCACCUAACAACAACAAUCUUUACAGAAGCUGACGCCACAUAUUUCUCCCACGGUACAACUGGUGGGUUCGAAUUGCUGACCUUUUGGUUAGCAGCCAAGUGCUCAACCACUGUGCCAUUAGGGCCCUUUGAUUCUCCGUAUAGUGAUGUAAUUUCCUUGCAUACAUGGGUCUCACUUCUACUAAAGCUUUAUUAAUAAUCACUGUUUCAGAUGUCAGGUCAACCAAAGUUAACUAACAAGCACUUACUGAGUUUUUACAUUGAUGUAAAAAUAUGCAAUGAAGCUAGUGGAAAUAUUGUUGUUGCUGUUAUACAUCAUUGAGUCUGUUCCAAUCCACAGCAACCUUAUAGGACAGAGUAGAACUGCCUCAUAGGGUUUCCAAUGAGCAGCUGUUGAAUUCGAACUGGCGACCUUUUGGUUAGCAGCCAAGCUCUUCAAACAAUUGAGCCAGAAGGGCUCCAGUGGAAAUAUUAGUACUUAAAAAUCAAAAAGGACACAAGAAACAAUUUAUAAAAAGAAUUUUAGGGUUUGAAAUUGGAACCUAGGUUAAAGUGUGCAGAGUUUGUUGAUUUCAUAGCCUUAGGUAUUUGAAGAUCAAACUCUCUUGGAUUAGCAGCUACGAUCCUAUUGUGCAAAGUAGAAACUCAAGCUUAAUGUAAUCUUACACAAAAAUUAUUUUGUCAUUCAUUGAAAAGAGAAAAAUAGGCUGGUCAAGAAUUGGCAAUUUUGGCCUUUUAGUUAUUUAUUUAGCUUAGCUUGCUUUGUUAAACUUCACCUUUAAUGUAUAGUGCCUGAGCUAAAAGUGCAUAUUAUAUUUUUCAUGUAUUAUUAUGUUUAUUGCAGGCUUGAUUUUAGGAACAAAAAUAUUUAGACAAAUUACAACAAUCGAAAAAAUUUGACAGGUGCAUACUGUUUUCUCAUACCCUUUCUUUUCUCUUUCUCCUUUAUAUACAUUUUUAGGUUUUUUUUUUAUAAUUUAUAAUUUAUCUGACAUAGGAUUUGUUUCUUUUAAUGGUGAAUGUAAACCACUGGUCAUUCCAGUUUAAUAAAUUUGACUUUAAGUCUUUUAUUCCCACUUUAAAUAUAAUUUUGGUUCAUUUCCACUCAAUUGUGUAUAUACACUGGUCCACAAUUAACUUUGUCCUGUGCUAAACUCCUACUAUGGCCAAAUUUGGGCUUUCAAGACUUUAAAGCAACAUGAUAGAGCCAUAUUACAUGUCCUCAACUUAGAUCUGCUGCGAGGUCAAGCGUUCCUGGGGAAAGAAAUGAGCUGCUUGGCAACAACAACACCUGGGUAAAAUUAUAAACUAAUUUUAGACAAGAAAAAAAUGAGAUCAUCAAUUGUUGUCAUGGGGUGUUAGUUAGACAGAGAUUGGAGUACUUACUUUUCUGAAAUAAUAACGAAAAGAACAUUAUAGUUUUUUUUUUAAUUGGCCAGCUAUUACAUUUAACUGAAAAAAGGAAAUGCAUCAAAUUAAAUUUUUCUUCUCUAUGAACUUUUCUCCUAAGCUAAACUAAUUUAUAACAAAGGAAGCUAGUUUUAGUGAAAACCAGAAAACCAAACCCUUUGCCGUCAAGUCGAUUCCGAAUCUCUCCCAGUUGCCAUUGCAUAAAUUCUGACUCAUGGCGACCCUGUGUAUGUCAGAGUAGAACUGUGCUCAUAGGGUUUUCAGUGGCUAAUUUUUUCUGAAGUAGUGAGGGAGGCCAAAGGCAUCUAGAAUGGUGGUGGAGGAGAUGGUUGGACAGGAGGGGGGCGAUAAGGCAACUGGUGACUUGCGGAAAAAGAGAAAUGUUUUAAAUGUUGUUAGGAAAUUUUACAGGGCAAGAUGUGAUCUAAUCCCCUCUUUAUCUCCCUUCAAAGCAUUCAGUAAAAUCUACUAUAUUCAUAAGGGGUUUGGAUUUGCAUCAAGUCUGGCCUAAAGGAGAAAAUGGGGCUGCAAAAGGGGCAUACCCACAAACAGAUUACAUUUAUAACACACAUGUGAGUAUGUGUACAUACAUUCAUAAAGAAAAAGACAGAAAUCUGGAAGUACUGUACGUGCACCAAAAUCCUACAUUCAUUAUUUCACAGUAAUAGUCAUAUGGAUGGGAUCAUAAAUAUUGUUAGUUUUUUUCUUUGUACUUUACUGGAUUUUCCAAUUUUUAUGGUGAAUAUGCAAAAAAAAAAAAAAAAGCUGAUAGUUUUAAUAACAAAAGGAAUGUAAUAACUGUAUUUUUCUAAUUGGUUUUAUUGGAAUUUUCUAGUUUGCUCCCUGCUUUUUUUUUUUUUCAUCUUCUAUCAUGUCUCUAAUAGAUAGAUGUUUAUUUAUUAAUUUGUAGACCACACAAGUUUUUAUUUAUUAAUGACUCUUAGUUACCACAUCUUUUAUAAAAAUAUUGUUCCAUGGACCAUUUUGAGGAUCUUAAGUACCCUGUGACCACCUAUAGGGACUCUGGGUGGUGCAAAUGGUUUGCCCUCACCUACUAACGUAUCGAUUGGUGGUUCGAACUCAACAAGCAGUGGCAUGGAAGAAAGCCCUGGUAAGCUGCUUCUGUAAAGAUUAUAGCCAAGAAAAUCCCAUGGAGCAGUUCUACUUUGUAACACAUGGGGUAACCAUGAAUCAGAAGCAACUCAAUGGCAAUGAGUUUGGUUUUUUGGUUGUGACCACCUAUAUUAUCCAUCCCUGCUAGUGACUUUAAAAUGUGUAGCACCAAAAUGAUCAGGAAGUUUGAGAAGCGAAUCUUUAGUAAAGGUCUUAAGGUAUAUACAUGGUCAAGGUGUAUACAUUGCUUGACAGAUCAGCUCAGGAAUCUCUUGAAUGACCCUCAAGCACUGCAAUGGGUCCAAGCUCUAAAUCAAUAUUGUAUCCAAUGGGCUGGGGGAGCAAUAAAGAUUCCCCAUUCAUUAUCCUGAACCAUAACCUUAGGAGAGGAAUUUCCUUAUCUACCGCAAGUUGGGCUCUGUCUUUGCACUGUUAUUGUGUACAGGCCCUAGGGAAUCAGAGCAACAAAGACUCUCUUCUCAGAGAACCUUGCUGUCCUCGUUUCCAGAAACAGCUAUGGAAGCAGAGCAGCUAAUCUCACUGACAGGGAAGGAGGGAAGCCAAAGGUAGCCUCAAGUAACAGAGUCUCAGGACAUUUCGGGCUUUAAAAUAGCUUUGCCUCAUGGGCCAUUUGAAAAAAUCUGUACAGUACUUGAAGAAGUUGUGUUAAAACCUUAUUCAAUAGAAGUGAGGUUCUGCCAGUGGCAUCAACAGGGGGCUGCAGGGGAUGUGGACCUCACUGAGUGACCCUGUCAGAGGGAAUGACACCGAAAUGACUGUCUAUAAAAUUUUUGUGGAGUGUGUCAGCAGAAAUCUAUUAUUUUUUAUAAAAAUAUCUCUGUAAUGAACACAACAGAGAAUCCCUGGUGCAGCAGAACAGUGGGAUCUCAAAUUCUCAUAAAAAGACCAGAAUUAAGGGUCUGACUGAGACUGGAGGGACCCCAGAGGUCAUGACCCCCGGACUCUUUGUUAGCCCAAAACUGGAACCAUUCCCGAAGCCAACUCUUCAGACAGGGAUUGGACUGGACUAUAAGACAGAAAGUGAUACUGGUGAGGAGUGAGCUUCUUGGCUCAAGUAGACACAUGAGACUAUGUGUGUGGGUAGCUCCUGUUGGAAGCGAGAUACAAAGGCAGAGGGGGACAGGAGAUGACUGAAUGGACACGGGGAACACAGGGUGGAGAGGAGGAGUGCGCUCUCACAUUAGGGGGACAGCAGCUAGGUGUGUAGAAGUUUUUGUAUAAGAGACUGACAUAAAUUGUAACUUUCACUUAAAACACAAUAAAUUUUUUAAAAAUCCGUGUAAUUAAUUAUAACAACAAAAUUUUUUUUUAGUAAGCCCACCCUGGGUGUAUCAAUAUACGCACAAGGCUAAAAGUCGAUGGAAAUUUACUUUUUGGUUUUUUAAUGCACUCCAGUCACAGCUGUCAUUAUCACCUAAUUACAAUUGAUACACUUCAAAUCUUGUGGUUCUGUCUGCAUGUACUACAACCAUGUGCUGUUGUUCUUGUCGCUGCUGGUGUUUUUGUAGUAACUGAUUUUGUCAAAUUUUCUCUUGUUUUAGGCACAGUAUUGUGGUAGUUAGCAUGGGGGAGGGAUGACACCAUGAGUUACCACACUGGGUGACAUCAACCCUAGUGACACCACUGGGUCUGCCCGACAUUUUUCAUCAUUCUCUUUGUUUUUGUUUCCUGGGUUUCCUCUCAGCUUAUAAUUUCUCCUCUUUUUACUCUCUAAGUGAUUUAAUUCUUCUCUGGGUAUAUGUAGAACUGCACUUUCCUUAGCUCCUUCAUUUUCCUUAGUGUUGCCAGUUGAAAACCCCAGGUUUUGCUCAACGUGACUUGUUACAAUCAAUAAACAAGAAGCCAAGGUGGGAGAUCCAAAAGAUGCCUUUAUUUUGUUGUACAAGGAAAGGACCAAUGGGGCUGCUUCCUCCAAGACUGCUCACAGGCAACUUGGGGAGGUGGGCUUUUACAGAGAGCAGACAAGGAAAUGCAAAUUCAUCAUGAAUAUUCAGGAUUGACCUUUAUGCAGGUGCUCAGAGGUUGGGGAUGACUAUGCAUUUUCUUUAGACAGGGGUUUGAUCCCCCAGGAUGGAGGAAGGGGUGAAUUUUUCUUCAUUAGGAUGUUAAGUCUCUAAGCAGAGGUGGGCUGAGGCCAUCUAUGGCCUGUUCUGUGGUUAUCUUGUCAAGGAGAAUUUCAGAAGAAAGGGCAGCUUAUUUUGCUCAGUGUAGGAGGAUAAGUCAGAGCUGGUAUCUCUUAGAAGGGUUGGGCUCUAAGGCUGCCUGCCUCAUUAGUACCACUGCUAGUCUCCUUGUGGAUGGCUAUGUCUUCCUCCUCUCAACAUGUCAAAAGUACACUCAUCGACUUACCCCUCACACUCCCAUUGCAUCUAUUUUAAUGACUUUACCGUCUACCCAGUUGUUCACACUAAAAAACUCUGUCUUCUUUCCUCCCUUUUUCCACUGCGUUCCCCCUUCUCAAAAUGCAGACAUUAAGUCAGGCAUCAAUUCUGGUUUCUUCUACCUGUGGAAUGUUUCUGGAAUCCUUGGACUUUGUAGAAUCCUUUAAUUUGUCUCAAUCCAAAAUCUGCUUCCAAUUCAUCCUCCGCACAACUAUCAGCGACUUUUCUAGAACAAAAAUCUGAUUUUCUCCGCCACUUAACACCAUUUAAUAGUUACCCAUUGUCUGGAUAAGUUUUAAAUCCUUAGUAAUGUAUGCAAUACUACGUGUUCUUUCAGUCCCCGGUUUACCUUUCUGCUGACCUACUCUCUUAAUUCUCUGCCUGCUGCCCUAUGACAGCAAGCAUUUCCCCCACGUUAGCCCAGACUGAUCGCUUAAUGUGCUAUGUAGUACGGGUUACGGGUUACGUGGUUAUUUUAGCUAGAGAGCUUUCUGGAGAAAAACUAUAAAUAUUUGGGGGUCUAAGGGAACCCCAGUAUCUUAGAGUGGUAAUAUAUUUUGUUUAUUUUGUAUUCUGGCAGCCCCCAAAAUCAUGCAAUGGGCAGGGCUUGGUUCUGGAGGAAAUUGUUCAGGUUCCAAAUAUUGCUAAAAUGAAAAGAUAGUAGGCAAGAUUCAAAUGCGCUUUUGGAAGUAUUUUCUUUAUGUUAUAUUUUUGAAGGUUUUACAGUAAAUUUUAUUUAUCUUUUGGUAAAAUAUCUGCACUCUCUCCAUGGAUCAAGUCAUUUUAUCAUCUUUUAUCCCCCGGCUCCAAAACCUCUAUCUGCCUUUGCUCUACCCUUAACUUUCUUCAUUUUAUUUUGCAUUCCAUUUCUUUAUGCGUGUUCUCAAAAUAUCUUCUCAUUUAGGUCCUGAUUUGCUAGUCUGUGUUGGGGAUUUUAUUAUUUUAUUUUACUCUAAAGAAUAUAAACCAUUCUAAAGCAGGUUGUCUUGCCAAAAGGAGUUCUGAAUCUGAAGUCAAAAUAAUAUCCAAUAUAGUCAGGUACACUUCGCUUAGUAUUUCAGUCUUGAAUAGUGUUACUUUUCCAGGGUGAAGGAAAUCUUUGAUCUACGCUUUCCACCAAGCAUUCGUUUGUCAUAGAUUUCUUGCUCUGAAAGUUACUGGGUCAGUUGUGAUGGUGGUUGAUUUUUUGAGCAGCAAGGAAAGGAGAUGCAUCUGUGUACUUUAAAACCAGCCCUGAGUGAGUACUAUUUCCCUGUCCCCUCCACCCGCUGAAAAAAAAAUAAAUAAAUAACACUUUUUCUUUUAUUGUACUUUAGAUGAAGGUUUACAGAACAAACUAGCUUCUCAUUAAGCAGUUAGUACACAUAUUAUUUUGUCGCAUUGGUUACCAACCCGACGACAUGUUAACACUCUCCCUUCUCAACCUUGGGUUCCCUAUUGCCAGCUUUCCUGUCUGCUCCUGCCCCUGGGCUGGUGUGCCCAUUUAGUCUCGUUUUGUUUUACGUGCCUGUCUAAUCUUUGGCUGAAGGGUGAACUUCACGAGUGACUUCAUUACUGAGCUAAAAGGGUGUCCAGGGGCCAUACCCUCAGGGUUUUUCCAGUCUCUGUCAGGCUAGUAAGUCUGGUCUUUUUUUUGAGUUAGGAUUUUGUUCUACUUUUUUCUCCAGCUCUGUCCAGGACCCUCUAUUGUGAUCCCUGUCAGAGCAGUCUGUGGUGGUAGCAGGGUACCAUCUAGUUGUGCUGGACUCAGUCUGGUAGAGGCUGUGGUAGUUGUGGUCUGUUAGUCCUUUGGACUAAUCUUUCCCUUGUGUCUUUGUUUUUCUUCAUUCUCCCUUGCUCCCAAAGGGGUGAGACCAGUGGAUUAUCUUAGAUGGCCGCUCACAAGCUUUUAAGACCUCAGAUGCUACUCACCAAAGUAGAACGUAGAACAUUUUCUUUAUAAACUAUGAUAUUAUCACCUUUUUUUAAUUGUGUUUUAAAUGAAAGUUUACAGUUCAAGUUAUUUCUCAUACAAAAAUUUAUACACGGAUUGUUAUGUGGCCCUAGUUGCUCUCCCUAUAAUGUGACAGAACACUCCUCCUUUCUACCCCAGAUUUCCCGAGUCCAUUCAACCAGCUCCUGUCCCUCUCUACCUUCUCAUUUCACCUCCGGAAAGGAGCUGCCCAUUCAAUCUCAUAGAUUUACUUGAGCUAAGAAGCACACUCUUCGCAAGUAUCAUUUUAUGUCUUAUAGUCCAGCCUAAUCUUUGUCUGGAGAGUUGACUUCGGGAAUGGUUUUAGUUUUGGGCUAACAGAGAGUCCAGGGGCUGUGUCUCCUGGGGUCCCUUCAGACUCAGUAAGACCAUUAAAUCUGGUAUUCCUACUAGAAUUUGAGUUCUGCAUCCCACUCUUCUCUUUCUCCGUCAGGGACUCUGUUGUGUUCCCUUUCAGGGCAGUCAUUGGUGGGAGCCGGGCACCAUCGAAUUCUUCUGGUCUCAGACUGAUGGAGUCUCUGGUUUACGUGGCCCUUUCUGUCUCUUGGGCUCAUAUUUUCCUUGGGUCUUUGGUGUUCUUCAUUCUCCUUUGCUACAAGUGGGUUGGGACAAAUUGAUGCAUCUUAGAUGGCCGCUUGCAAGCUUUUAAGACCCCAGAUGUCACUCACCAAAAUGGGAUGCUGAACAUUUUCUUAAUACACUUUGUUAUGACAAUUGACCUAGAAGUCCCCUGAAACUAUGGUCCCCAGACCCCUGCCCCUGCUACUCUGUCUCUCAAAGUGUUUGGUUGUAUUCAGGAGACUUCUUAGCUUUUGAUUUAGUCCAGUUGUGCUGACUUCCCCUCUAUUCUGUGUUGUCAUUCCCUUUACCUAAGAUAGUUCUUGUCUACCAUCUAGCAAAUACCCCUCUCUCUCUUUCCCUACCCUCGUAACCAUCAAAGAAUGUUUUCUUCUGUGUUUAAACUCUUUCUUGAGCUCUUGUAGUAGUGGUCUCAUACAAUAUUUGUCCUUUUGGAACUGGCUAAUUUCACUCAGCAGAAUGCCUUCCAGACUCAUCCAUGUUAUAUUUCACAGAUUCCUCAUUGGUCUUUAUGGUUGCGUAGUAUCCCACUGUGUAAAUAUACUAUAAUUUGUUUAUCUAUUCAUCCAAUGAUGGGCAUCUAGGUUGUUUCCAUCUUUUUGUUAUUGUAAACAUUGCUGCAAUGUACAUAGGUAUGCAUAUAUCUAUUCAUGUGAGGGCUUUUAUUUCUCUAGGAUAUAUUCCAAUGAGUGGGAUUGCUGGAUUGUAUGGCACUUCUAUUUCUAGCUUUUCAAGGAGGCACCAAAUCGAUUUCUAAAGUGGUUGUACCAUUUUAUGUUCCUAUCAGCAGUGUAUAAGUGUUCCAGUCUCUCUACAAUCUCUUCAACAUUUAUUAUUUUGUGUUUUUUGGAUUAAUGCCAGCCUCGUUGCUGAGAUGGUAUCUCCUUGUAGUUUUGAUUUGCGUUUCCCUAAUGGCUAAUGAUAGUGAGCAUUUCCUCAUGUAUCUGUUAGCCACCUGAAUGUCUUCUUUGGUAAGGUGCGUGUUCAUAUCCUUUGACCAUUUUUUAAUUGGGUUAUUUGUCUUUUUGUUGUUGAGGUUUUACAGUAUCAUGCAGAUUUUAGAGAUUAGACGCUGAUAGGAUUUUUCUAGUGAAAAUGUUUCCCCCCUCUGUAGGUUGUCUUUUUACUCUUUUGGUGAAGUCUUUUGACUGACCAUAAGUGUUUGAUUUUUAGGAGCUCCCAGUUAUCUAGUUUCUCUUCUGGUGUUUGUGCAUUGUUAGUAAUGUUUUGUGUUCUGUUUAUGCCAUGUAUUAGGGCUCCUAUCAUUGUCCCUAUUUUUUUCUUCCAUGAUCUUUAUCGUUUUAGAUUUUGUAUUUAGGUCUUUGAUCCAUUUUGAGUUAGUUUUUGUGCAUGGUGUGAGAUAUGGGUCUUGUUUCAUUUGUUUGCAGAUGGAUAUCCAGUUAUGCCAGCACUAUUUGUUAAAGAGACUGUCUUUCCCUAAUUAAUGGACUUUGGGCCUUUGUCAAAUAUUAGCUGCUCAUAGGUGGAUGAAUUUACGUCUAGAUUCUCAAUUCUGUUCCACUGGUCUACGUAUCUGGUGGUGUAGUCGUUAAGUGCUACGGCUGCUAACCAAAGGGUCGGCAGAUGGAAUCUGCCAGGCACUCCUUGGAAACUCUAUGGGGCAGUUCUACUCUGUCCUAUAGGGUCACUGUGAGUCGCAAUCGGCUUGACGGCACUGGGUUUGGUUUUUUUGGUUUGAAAUAUCUGUUGUAGUACCAGUACCAGGCUGUUUUGACUACCAUCAUGGUAUAAAAAAAAAAAAAAAACCAUCAUGGUAUAACAGGUUCUAAAAUCAGAUGGUGUGAGGCCUCCUACUUUGUUUUUCUUCUUCAUUAAUGCUUUACUUAUCCAGAGCCUCUUUCCUUUCCAUAGAAGUUGGUGAUUUGUUACUCAAUCCCAUUAAAAAAAAGUCACUGGAAUUUGGAUCAGGAUUGCAUUGUAUCUGUAGAUCGCUUUGGGUAGAAUAGACAUUUUCACAAUGUUGAGUCUUCCUAUCCAUGCGCAAGGUAUAGUUAACACCUUUUUAUUACUAAAUUCUGGGUAUUGUAUUGUUUCCUAAGAUCCAGUACCAGCUAAAGGGAGUUAUUUAAAUUUUUCAAUGUUUCUAGUAAAAAAUAAUUACAGCCUCCUUAGUUGCACAUUAGGUAGAAUUAGACAGUUGUAUGAAUAUGUGGGUAGAAAUGAAAGCAGCUGUAAGAAUUACUGAGCUGACCAGAUUCAAGAAAGCCACAGGUCCAACUCCAGCAGCUUCCAGAAGCCAUUCUUUUUGCCCUCCAGCUCCCACAGGGAAAGGACAAGUCUAGAAAGAAGCACAACAUUGACACACACACCAUCUGUAGGUAGGUAGUGUAGUUUAGUCGUAAUCGCUACUAUUACUCAUCUUACAAAAGAAUCAAGAAGCAUAAUCAGUGAACAAGUAUUUGUUGAUACAGGAAAAGAACUGUGUCCUGACCAUGUGAUGUCAGGUUCUGGGGAAUUAAUUAUCACAAUUAAUUAAAUAAAUGGAUUCAAGGGUACAAAACACCAAGGGCAAGAAAUAUAUGGUACCAACAAUGGGAACCCAACACACAUACACACAUAUUGAAGAAAAUCGUGAGUGCAAAAGGGGAGGACAAAGGCUGCUGGGAGUGGGGCAGGAUCAGAGUGUGAAAUGCAUCUAUCUUUUUUCCACCUCCAAGUGACCAACCAAAAAAAAAAAAAAAAGAAUCGAUUCUGACUCAUAGCUACCCUAUAGGACAGAGUAGAACUGCCCCACAGAGUUUCAAAGGAGCACCUGGUGGAUUUAAACUGCUAACCUUUUGGUUAGCAGCCAAGCUCUUAACUACUACAUCACUAGGGUUCCACUCCAAGCCACAGCUUUGUAAUUCCUAACAAACAAUAGGAAUAGCAGUUUCUACAUAGAUUUUACAUAUACCACCUUUCUAUUGCUGUUUGUUGCUGCCUAUUAGAAGCAAAUAAACCAGGGUUUUACUGAUGUCAAGAGGCAAAACUGCCACAGUAAAAUGUAUUCAAAAUGAGCGAUUGUUGUGGGGGUGAAUUGAUGAGUUGUAGACAAAUUUAUGAAUUUGGAUGUCUGUCUACAUAAGCAAUAGGGUAUGGUGGCUAAAAGCAUGGCCACAGGAGCCAGAUGCUGACUUCUGUUAUAUACUGGAUUCACUGCCAACUAGCUAGCUGUGUAAUCUUGGACACCUUAUCUGUAAAGUGGUGAUAAAUAAUCACAGUAACUAUCUUACGUAAGGCACGUAGAACACUGCCUGGCACAUAGUAAGUGCACUACAAAUAUUACCUAGUAUUUUGGCUCACACAGGGCCUUUGCUUCCUUAGCGGAGGGGAGAUUUUUGUCAGAAGCAGACCAGAGUAAGGUUUAUUAAAUAUAGCCCAGUGGGUCCAGGAAUUUAAUACUAUAUUUGUUGUCUUUAGGGCUGUGUUUCAGUAAGGGUCUUAAAUGAGAAAGAUGCUGUUUUCAGAUUUAGAAAGUGACAGUUACCAUGGUAUCGUUAGCACAUACACCGAACCAAACCAAGCCAUUGUCGAAUCGAUUCCAACUCAUAGAGGCUCAACAGGGUUCCCAAAGCUUUAAAUUUUUACAAAAGCAGACUGCCACAUCUUUUUCACCUGGAGUAGCUGGUGGAUUUGAACCACUUACCUUUUGGUUAGCAGGCAAGUGCUUAACCACUGUGCCACCAGGGCUCCUUGUUAGCACACAUAAAAAAAAAAAAGUGGUAAUAAAAUCAGUAGUAGGUACUUUUCAUGUAUGUCAGCUUCCUUAAGACUUAAUUCUUUAAAAAAAAUUUUUUUUUGUUUAUUAUAUGAAUAUGUUGUGUCCCAUUUAACCUAGUUGUGGUAAGGAAAGAGACUGUCGAAUAUGAAAAACUGAUGGAAGCUUUUAAUAUGUGGUACAUCUCAGAAUAUAAACCUCUACAGUGCUAUUAAUAGGCAUAUUAUCAACAAGUUUUUCAGACUUUGUGUUUAGCUCUGGAGAAAAACAAGAUUACAGCACCUUGUAUUUCUUCACUGGGUAAUUUAAAACCAGCUGCACAGGUCGUGUAACUUGACUUCAGUAUCAAUUCGUUAUAAAUGAAACUACUCAUAUGUUCCCUUUCAAAGUUGUUUGUUAUUCAAAACAAAUGCCCAGAUCAACAAAACAAUACGAAUUUAUCACCAUGAAUGUUUUCAUUAAUUCUUAGGUUUUAGGGUUUGUUUUAAAACUCAUUCUAAAUUCUUAGUUCUAAUAAAUAUUAUGAUAGUUAAUACAUAUCGAAUGUUCAUUAUAUUCCAGGUUCUGUUCUAGACAUUUGGUUAACUGCUAUGGCUACUAUCCAAAAGGUCGGCAGUUUGAAUCCACCAGGCGCUGCUUGGAAACUUUGCGGGGCAGUUCUACUCUGUCCUAUAGGAUAGCUAUGCGUCUGAAUCAGCUUGAUGGCAAUGCGUUUGGUUUUCGGGUUCCAAACAUUAGUAAGUUUUGAUUAUGAUGAGAAAACGAAAUGGAGUAUUUGCAGCUUUUAGAUAAUACGGCACCCUCAAAGAGGAAAAAGUGGAGGCAGUACUGACACCCUCUUUUAGAAACUAAAAACCUUGUGCAAAUUUUUAUUGCUGUUACUCUAAAGGAGAGUGGCCUUUUUCAAAGGACGAUGUUCUACUUGGUCUGUCACUGAUGACUAUUAACCAAUAGAACCAUUUCUCACUCUGCUAUGGGAAAUAAGCAACAAUUGAAAAGUAACAACGAUUUUAGAGCAUAAUUCAACUGCCAUGCACGGUCAAGACAACCAAGGACGUGGAGUGAAGACGCUUGCCUGAACCCAGUCUCAGUCAAAGUGCCCCUCCCGCCCCGAGGGCGGAGCACCUGCCAGGGCUGAGAAGCGAAGGAUCGCGUUUCCCAAGAGGCUCUGGAGGCAGGGCCCGGGGCUGGGGGUGGAUUUCCCCGGAGCUGUGGAGCCGGCGGGCGCGUGCCCUCGGGAUUCUCGCGGCCUCUGGGCGCGUGCGCAGGCGCGGUGGGCAGCUGCGAGCGAGGCAGCGAGCGGAGUGCUGACCGGUACCCAGCUCUGGGCACUAUGAGACCCGUGGAGGAACGGCCUGGGGAAGGGGGCGCCGGCGUUGGCGUCUCUGAGCUGGAGCUGCUGAAGUUGCGCGCCGCGGAGCGCAUCGACGAGGCGGCCGAGCGGCUGGGAGCUCUGAGCCGCGCGAUCUGGAGCGAGCCGGAGCUGGCCUACGAGGAGCAUCAUGCCCAUCGCGUGCUGACGCGCUUCUUCGAGCAGGAGCCGCCGGCCGCCGCCUGGACCGUGCAGCCGCACUACGAGCUGGCCACGGCCUUCCGGGCCGAGUGGGAGCCGCCGGGGGGCCGGGCGGCGCCGGGCGCCGAGCGGCGGCCGCUGCACCUGGCCUUCCUCUGCGAGUACGACGCACUGCCGGGCAUCGGGCACGCCUGCGGCCACAACCUGAUUGCUGAGGUCGGGGCGGCGGCCGCGUUGGGCGUGAAGGGGGCCCUGGAGGGCCUCCCCGGGCCGCCUCCGCCGGUGAAGAUAAUAGUCCUGGGAACACCUGCAGAAGAAGAUGGCGGUGGCAAAAUUGAUUUAAUUGAAGCUGGGGCUUUUAAAAAUCUUGAUGUUGUUUUUAUGGCCCAUCCAUCCCAAGAGAACGCUGCUUAUCUACCUGAUGUGGCUGAACAUGAUGUGACUGUGAAAUACUAUGGAAAAGCAUCUCAUGCUGCUGCUUAUCCCUGGGAAGGAGUAAAUGCGUUAGAUGCAGCCGUUCUUGCCUACAACAAUCUGUCUGUGCUAAGACAGCAAAUGAAACCAACCUGGAGAGUUCAUGGUAUAAUAAAAAAUGGUGGUGUAAAACCAAAUAUCAUUCCCUCUUAUUCUGAAUUAAUCUAUUACUUCCGUGCACCCUCAAUGAAAGAACUUCCAGUUUUGACCAAAAAGGCAGAAGAUUGCUUCAGAGCUGCAGCUUUGGCUACAGGGUGCACAGUAGAAAUUAAAAGCGGAGCACAUGAUUAUUACAAUGUUCUUCCCAAUAAGAGCCUGUGGAAAGCUUAUAUGGAAAACGGGGAAAAGCUGGGAAUAGAAUUCAUUUCGGAAGAUGUAAUGUUGAAUACCCCAUCAGGAUCUACUGAUUUUGGAAAUGUUACUUUUGUGGUUCCUGGAAUUCACCCAUAUUUUUACAUUGGCUCUGCUGCCCUGAAUCAUACUGAACAGUAUACUGAAGCUGCAGGAGCACACGAAGCUCAGUUCUACACUUUGCGUACGGCCAAAGCUUUGGCAAUGACUGCACUGGAUGUUAUUUUUAAACCAGAGUUGCUGGAAAGUGUCAGAGAGGACUUCAAACUGCAACUUCAAGAAGAAGAAUUUUUAAAUACAGUAGGAUAAAAGGAAGUUUUGGGAACCUCUUAUGAAUUAUUAAGAAGUGAUAAUUUUUCCUUUAGUCAUUUUUAAUGAAGGAGGGCAUGCUUGUUUUUUAAUCAUAAAGAAGUCAAAUUCUUUUUACCUGGAAAGUGAGAAUGUGUGGUAUAUACAAAAUACAUUGCCACAUAUCUAAAAUGAAAAUUUUUGCAAAUCUGUACUUGAUGGAAUUGUGAUCUUUCAGAAACUGGUAUGAUAGCAUUUCUUAAAUAUCCUGGAUGAUAUGUGGUUUAUCAGUGAUAAUAUUUUAUAAAUUUAUGUGUUGUGUAAGUUUAUUUAAAAAGGUCCUAAGAGAUUUAAAACUUUACAUACAGAAUUGAUGCACAUGAAAGAAGCUUCUGGUGUUUUAGAAAGUAGUUUUAAAAUUCAAGUUCUAAAUUCAGGAAAAGUUCGUUUUGAAUAUCUGACUUACACCUGUUUUGGUUUAUAGAGAAUCUAUUUAUAAGAAAAGUACACUUUGAAUCCUAGAAAUGCUUGUGGGAAACAGCUUGAAACUCAGGUACAAAGAAUAAGCUUUAGUUCUGUUGUUGGAAGAAAAAUGAGGACAUGCUUUCUUUUUGUAAUUAACUCUAAGAAGUGGCAUUAAAUUGCUGUUCCUAAUUCAGUAUUAGUGUAAUUGGAAAAAUUGUAGACAGGAUUGGACUCUUCCUGUAAGAUUUUUGCCUGGUAGUCCAGUGUGUUCUAGAGGCAUUUGAUGAGCAAAGCAGUGGCUGCCCAGCAAGCCCUGCUUAUGUUGACUCCCUAAUGUCGGACGACUGGUCCCUGUCACCUAGCAGCCUGGUGGCUUGACAAUAUUACCGUUUACUGGAUUCUCAAGCCCCAUCCUGGCCCAAUAUUAAUUAGAAAUUACUGUAAGUUUUUCGUGAUGAUUUGUGUGAAUUUCUUGAAUGUGAUAAAAGAGUUUGAGGAGAAAGUAUCUGGUAAAACAAAUAUUUUAAACUGUGAAUAUAGAAAAGCUCCAGUAUACUUUAUUUUACAGGAAAUUCUCAAAUUUGAGUGUAAGCAUUCCAAAAAAUGGAAAGGGAAGGAGAGAAAAAUGAAUAUUUGGCCCUCUCUGUUGUAAGCAAGUCACUUGGGUUAGAUCAGAUCAUUUAUCCUUAUAGACCCUAGGACCUUUAAUUCCUGUUCUACCUGAAAUAAUUUAAAGUUGUAAGAAAGAGAGGGUUUUUUGGGGGAGGGUUGUAGUUGAGAAUUGCUUUUCCUCCAUGUCAGGGUCUGCAAACCAUGGCCUGAUUUGGCCUGCACAGCCUGUGUUUGUAUGACCAGCGAGCUAAGAAUGGCUUAUAUUUUUGAAAGGGUUGUUUGAAAAAGAAAAUACAACAGAGACUGGAUGUGAUCUGCAAAACCUAAAACAUUUCUAUCUGGCCCUUUACAGGGGAAAAAAAAAAAAAAAAAGAUUGCCAACUCCUGUAUAACAGGAGCCUUGGUGGCAUAGUGGUAAGUGCUUGGCAGCUAACCAAAAGGUCGGCAGUUCAAACCCACCUGCUGCUCUGAGGAAGGGAAGAUGUGGCAGGCAGUCUGCUUCCGUAAAGAUUUAUGGCCUUGGAAACCCUAUGGGGCAGUUCUAUUCUGUCCUACAGGGUCGCUGUGAGUGAGAAGCAGCUUGAUGGCAGUGGGUUGGUUCUAUUUAACAAUAAAAUAAAACCUGUUUGUCUUUGACUUAUAUAACCAGAUCUUCUCUAGGAUACUUAAAGCCUCUGAAUUGAAACAUUGAGAAAGAGCUUAGGUGGUGUUAGGUCCUGACACGUUGACCGUGUGGUGCAUUCUCACUUUUGUCCUCACUGGAGUUCUGACACUUAGACGCUUACUAUUUUCUUGUAGCAUUUGUAGUGAAACCUGUGAGAGCUGGAACUUGAUGGGACUGCCUUGUUUUCCUGGGUCUCACAAGUUUUCCGCCUUUGACAGGCCGCAGUUUUACCUCUUUUUUAUUGCUCUGUUAUUAGGGGAGAAUAUUUGCGUUUUCCUCCUCUGACAGGUUUCUGCCUUAUACAGGUUCUGGCUUUCGUAGGUUUUACCGUACUUUACUCUGAGAUACAGCUACCCUGUUGCCUUAAGACUUUCUCCCAUGCAAGCCAAUCUUCUGACUCUUCGUAUCAGCUUUUAUAAUGCAAUUCUCCAUGUCACCUUUGUCUGAUUAUUUAUACUCUUAAAUAGUCACUAUUGGUAUAUAUUUUAUAUACAGGUGAGGCAUCAGCAAAGGCCAUACUUCAGGCCAAGAAUAUGAUACCUCUGAUUAUAUAAACAGAAUUCAUUUUCCUUAUUAACGAUUUUGUAAAUUUAUCAGCUUUAAGUUUAAAAUUCCUUGUAUAAAUCCCUGUACUGAAACAGUUGUGUUUUCUAAAGUCUUGAUAAAACUCUAGAACAGUGAUUGUUAACUGUGCUAUCCCAACACACGAACGUCACCAUCAUUUAUGAAGUUAAUCACAAGUUAAUUACUACUCAUACAAAGUAUUAGCAUUUUAUUUGUGAUUUGUAUUAGUAUUUUGCUUGUGACUAAUUUACUUAUUAAAAACAAAUUAGAGAAAAAUUCAAGGUUAGCAGUAUAUUGUUACUGAUUGUUACUGCAUUUUGCUAAGCAUUGUUGAGUGGGAGAGAAAGGUGUGGAGUUGCAGUUGGCACGCAGGAAGUGGGUAUAAACUGCACCACUGCCGUCUGCUACAGCUCAGGUUAAGGAACUGAUACUCACGUACCACUAAUAUUUGUGUCAAUUCUCAGUUUCUGUAGUAUUUUAUUUCCCUUUCAACUUUUUCAGAAUUUGGUCAGAGUCUUAGUUUACCUAUUGGAAUACCCCAUAUAACCCAUGACAUAAACCUCUGUCUAUAAAUCCAUGAAAGGUUUAUGGCAGACUCAGAAAGGUGUUGAGAACUUACGUUCUACACUUAAUCUGAAAACAUGCAUUUUUUUAGAUCUUUACCAAGAUCUGAACAGUUCACAUUAUUUUACUUUAGGUUAUAGUUAUUUAAUAUAAUUCAUAUUUUUAAAAUCCCUUUCUACUUUUUGUACACCAAUGAGUUAGUUGAGCCAUAUCACACUUAGAAGUGUAAAUAAAUAAAUACAUAAAUAAAUGCUGGAGUCACCAUCUCUCUCGUGUCCAGAGGAAACCAACUAUAGGUGAUCUCCGCUAUGCCAUUUGGAUUUAGGAGACUGCUUCCUUUGUACCAAUAGCUUUUCCUUUUGGAAUUAAGUUCUUUCUUUACACUCAUACUUCAGGGGGCAUGUUUUCUGCGUGACUACUAACCUUUAAUAAACUUUUACACUUAAUUUCAUUUACUGUUUCUGGUUGGUCUUCAUGUUCUGGAUUAAAUUUCUGAAGAUUUAGAGUUAGAAGACAGGUGAACAGUAUCACCUUUUAGGUAAGGGAGGGUUAUAUUUAACUCUAUACUUAAAACACGAAUGCUUUUUUUUAGAGAUUUGAAAAAUAGGAGUUUUUUAAAUUUAGACUUUUAUGUAUUGUUUUUGAGGAAGGAGGCAACUAAGUUUUUCUACCAGGAUUAGUUUGAAUGUGAUGACAUUUUUAUUAUCACUUAACAGAUUGAGAGAUUAUUCUUUACGUGCUAUAUGUUAUUUCCUCCUUAGAUUGUAUAACCUUUGAAGGCAGUGUCCUUAAAAGGACACUUAAAAUAUGUAUAUGUGGGUUUAUUUUUGAAUUCUUAGUGAAUCUAACGUAGUAGAUUCCCUGUGAAGGUUCAGUGCUUUUUAAAUGUGUUAAUAGUGUUUCCUUGCUUAGAAUAAUCAAAAUUUAAAAUAAUCUUGUAGAUAGGUCAUGAUCCUAACAUCAGUUUUAAUUUUAUGGGUGUAGCUAUUUAUUGUACAACCUGGAGAAUAAAAGAGACACUUAGUAUUACUUUGCUUCUUUUGCUUCAGGUACACUAAAACCUGAUCUGUUUGGAAAAAAGGACAAGCUGACUUAGUGUGAAGUUUAAAAGUAUAUGAUUUUUUAAUUAUUGAAUUCCUUUUGCUUUAAACUACAGGUAUAGGUGGAGUUUUUUGUUUUUAAUGGAUAGUGGUUUAUAUGAUUAGAUAUCAUGCCUUUUAGGAUCUUCUGUUUGUUGUGCAGUGGUUAAACGUUCGGCUGCUAAUGAAAGGUCAGCAGUUCGAAUCCAGCAGCGGUUCCUUGGAAACCCUAUGGAGGCAGUUCUCCUCUGUCCUAUAGGUCGCUAAUAGAGUUGACAGCAAAGGGUUUUGGUUUUAUUUAUUGUUCACGCCCUGUACUGAAAACCUUUUCCUCAAAUAUCAACUUUUGAUUAUCUGUGUUAGAUCAACAGACUUGGAAAGGUAAAUCUAAAUUUAAGGUUUAACUAUAAUUACAGAUUGAAAGUGUUUUAUCCUUAGUGACUUAUUUUUAAAAGCAGGCCUGCAUAUGGAACCUAUAUUAAACAAUUAUGUGGUACCAUUAAUUACUAAUAAUAAUAAUUAGAAAAUACUAAUAAAAGUAAUAAGAUUGAGUAUAGCUAACAAUAAGGACCACUGGUGGCACAAUGGUUAAACGCUAGGUAACCAAAAGGUCGGCCUUUCAAACCCACCAGCUGCUUUAUUGGCGAGAUGACUGGGCAGUCUGCCUCAAUAAAGAUUACAGCCUAGGAAACCCUGAGGGACAGUUCUACUCUGUCCUGUAGGGUCACUAUGAGUCAAAAUCCUCUCAGUGGCACAGAACAACAAUAUUUAACAUGCCUCUUAAAAUUUCUGACCCUUUUUCAGUGAUGACAAAUCUAUAUUAGACAGAGUACUCAGAAAAUUUUUCCCUUUUAAUUACUUGUAUGUAGUACUCAUAAGAGCUAGGGCAUUUAGGAUAAACUGGAACAUUUUUGUGUGUUAACGAGCACUUGUGUAAACUUCACACAGCCCUCCAAAGACUAUUUAUUAAUUGAUAUUUUACCUGUUAUAAUUUCAACAGUUGAGUUCAGUGACUAUUUGUUGAGAAGUGCCUGUUUCUAAGCACUAGGGGUAAGAAGCAGAGUAAGAUACAGUCCAUGUUCCCAAAAGCUUGUGCUUGGUGGUAAGUUCUCAUAAGAUUUACUUCAUCUGAGCACCACUGGGGUUGAGGGAACAUCUGAAAGCUACCGUCUUGGAAAAUUCUGAGGAAGUGUUUCUAAAAUAUUUUAAAAUACCUGAGUCAUUUCAAUCUGUUUGAACAGAAGAAAUGUAUAAGUUUUUUCUUAAAGAAUGAUUGUCUAAUUUUAUAAUGUGUUCUUUUUUAAAACCUUUCCAAUAAUUUUUAUAUUUUGUACAUUUGUUUUUAACUGAAGCAUCUCUUUAGUCUUUUGGAAAAUGUCCUACAUAGUACUAGCCUUCAAACUAUCGAAGUAAAUUUUCAUUGUGAAAUAAAUCAGUUCUUUGUGCUAGCUAGCAACUCUUUAUAAAAGGUGGGAAGGUAUGAUAAAUUACUUCUUUUUAAAUUUUUUACAUACUCGAAGCAUUUUACACUCUAAUUAUAUAGUUGAAGAUGGUGCAUUUUGAUACUAUGAAGUUAAUAUUUUCAAAUAAGCAAUCAGUCUAAUACUAUCAGAUGAUAGUAAUAUUUUGUAAUAUUCAUAUGUAUUAAAGUAUAUAUGAAAAAACCUAAAAUGUUAAUAAAUAUGUUUCUCUAAUAGCAAUUGUGUUGUGGACUUUUUAAAAACUUACUUAUCGCUCUAUAUAUGUAUAUACGUACAUGUAAUGAAGAUACAUAAAGAUAACCAUAAUUACCCAAGUAUACUGUGAUGUAUCAUACUCUCUCUUAUUCAUCAGUAGUAACAGAUAUUGGUUUGCUUUUAAACUAUAAAUGUCAUAUAUUCAUAGGAGAAUUUUAUAAGAACAAUUAAGCCCUUUUGUUUAAAAAUGAAUGUUUUACUAGUCUCAGGCUGUAAAUUGUAUGUGAUAAGAAUUAGGUACAUAAUAAUAGCACUGAAUUUUCUUUAAAAAAUGUUGCCAACUUUAAUAAAAAGUAAUUCCGUUUAAUAACUCAAAUAUGAUACAACAGGUUUUUAGAUUCUUAGGUACUGAGCAAAGCUAAUCUUAUAAUCAUAGAAAAGAAAAAGAAUAAAUUUGGAGUCUAUUUUAAAAGGCAAUUUAAAUACAGAAAUGUGGACACUUGUAACUGUCCUGUCAAUUCCUGGAGCCUUGUUUUUCGCCAAGGCCUGCAGUACAGCUUGGACUUCUUCCUUCAGUACCAUCCGUUCUUGAUCAUAUGCCACCUCCUGAAAUGGUUGAACGUCAACCAGUUCUUUUUGGUACAGGGACUGUGUGUUCCUUCCAUCUUCUUUUGAUGGCGUUAUUCGAUAUUUUCACCAUAGAACCCUUCCAUAUUGCAACUCGAGACUUGAAUUUUUUUUCAGUUCUUUCAAUUUGAGAAAUACUGAGCAUGUUCUUCCGUUUUGGUUUUCUGUCUCCAGGUCUUUGAACCUAUUGAAUCCUUCUAUAGAAUCCUUCCAUGUUGCAACUCGAGACUUGAAUUUUUUUUCAGUUCUUUCAGGUUGAGAAAUGCUGAGCGUGUUCUUCCAUUUUGGUUUUCUGUCUCCAGGUCUUUGAACAUUUCAUUAUAAUAUUUCGCUUUGUCUUCUCAAGCUGCCCAUAGGAAACUUCUGUUCGAUUAUUAUGUCAUCAUUUAUAACUUUCACUUUAGCUACUCUACAUUCAAGAGCAAGUUUCAGAGUCUCUUCCGACAUCCAUUUUGGUCUUUUCUUUCUUUCCUGUCUUUUUAAUGACCUUUUGCUUUCUUCAUGUAUGAUGUCCUUGAUGUCAUCCUACAACUUGUCUGUCUCUCGUCAUUAGUUUUCGGUGUGUCAGAUCUUCUUGAGAUGGUCUCUAACUUUAGGUGGGAUAUACUCAAGGUUGUAUUUUGGCUCUCGUGGGCUUUAUUUAAUUUCUUUCACCUUCAACUUGAACUUGCUCAGCAAUUGAUGGUCUGUUCCGAAGUCAGCUCUUGGCCUUGUUCUGUCUGAUAUUGAACUUUUCCAUCAUCUCUGCACAGAUGUAGUCAAUUUGAUUCCUGUGUCUUGCAUCUGGUGAGGUCCACCUAUUUAGUCACUGUUAAUGUUGUUGAAAUAGUGUUGAAAAAAGGUAUUUCAAAUGCAUAGGUCACUGCUUUUGCAAAAUUCUGUUAUUGGGUCUUCCAUGUCAGUUCUGUCACCGAGACUGUGUUUUCCAACUACUGAUCUUUUCUUCUUUGUAUCCAACUUUGACAUUCCAGCCACCAGUAAUUAUCAAUGUAUCUUGAUUGCAUGCAUGUUUGAUCAGUUUCAGGGUGCAGGAGUCAAUAAAAAUCUUCAGUUUUUUCAUCUUUGGCCUUAGUGGUUGGUGCAUAAGUUCAAAUAAUAGUCAUAUUAACUGGUCGUCUUGUCGGUGUAUGGAUAUUAUGCUAUCACUGACAGCAUUGUACUUCAGGAUGGAUCUUGAAAUACUCUUUUUGAUAAUGAAUGUGAUGUCAUUCCUCUUCAAUUUGUCAUUCCUGGCGUAGUAGACCACAUGAUUGUCUUGAUUCAGAAUGGCCAAUACCAGUUCAUUUUAGCUCACUAAUGCCUAGCAUAUUAAUCCUUAAGUGUUCCAUUUCAUUUUUGACAACUUCCAAUUUUCCUAGGUUCAUAUUUUGUACAUGCCAUGUUCCAAUUAUUAAUGGAUGUUUGCAGCUGUUUCUUCUCCUUUUGAGUCACGCCGCAUCAGCAGAUGAAGAUCCCGAAAGCUUUACUUUGUCCAUGUCAUUAAGAUCGACUCUACUUUGAGAAGGCAGCUUUUCCUCAGUUGUCUUUUGAGUGCCUUGCAACCUGAGGGGCUCAUCUUCUGGCACUAUAUUAAACAGUGUUCUGUUGCUAUUCAUAAAAUUUUCAUUGGCCAGUUUUUUCAGAAGUGAAAAAGUUCUUCUUUCCAGUCUAUAUUAGUUUGAAAGUUCAGCUGAAACCUGUCCAUCCUGAGUGACCCUGCUGGUAUUUGAAAUAUAGAUGGUUUAGCUUCCAGCAGCACAGCAACAUUCAAACCACCACAGUAUGACAAACUGACAGACGAGUGGUGGUGUAGCAGUUCUAAAUGGUUUCUCGGCUAUAAUGUUUCCUCACAGAUGAAGAAGUUAUUCAUACAAGUGUUUGGUAUACCUUCCAUAAUCUUUGGAAGAAUUUUAGCAUCUGUGAUCCCCAGUCACAAAACCAAGUUGGGUAAACUGUGUGCUUUUUAAGAGAUAAUCACUUAUUAAAAAAAAGUAUACAAAAAGAGUAUACCAGAUUAUAUAUAUAUAUAAUGUGAUUGCAACUAUGUAGAAAUGCAUAGAAAAAAAGAUGGGAAUGGCAAAAUAAUACUGGUUGCCCCUGGCUAAUAGAGUUUUUUUUUUUUUUUAAUAACUUGAUGAACUUAACAAAUUUUACCCCCCAAAAUGGAGGAAAUUCACCUCCCAAAUCUACCCUUAAAUCCCAGGUCACUCAGAUUCAUACUCCCUUAGGAUUUAAAAUUUAAAAAACACAAUUGAGUUUUGUGGUGGAAGAAUAUUUUUAAAAUAUCCAUGGGCAAACACAUCUACCUAUUUGUAUACUUUAAGCUGCAUUUUGCACUUGAAUGCUAUAAACUUCAGGGUACGCUUUAUCAGCCUCUUUGAAACCAACAAAUCAGCUAUAGCUUACCACAUAUAGUAAAAUCCAUUGCCAUUGACUUAUAGUGACCCUAUAGGACAGAGUAGAACUGCCCCAUAAUGUUUCCAAGGCUCUAAUCUGUAUGGAAGCAGACUGCUGCAUCUUUCUCCUAAGGAGCAGCUGAUGGGUUAGAACUGCCAUACUUUGAGUUAGCAGCUGAGCACUUUAAUCACUGUACCACCAAUGCUCCUUAUCACAUAUGGUAAGCACAGGAUAUUGAGUAAGUGUUGAAUGUAUAAAUGCAAUCCUCGUGUAACUUUUUGUGAAUGAUACCCAAAGAUGUAUGGUUAUGAGCACCUAGUUUAGUGCUUUGUUGACAUGAAUGUACAAAUGAAUCACCUAGAGAACUUUUUAAAGUACAGAGUCUAAUUGAGUAAGUGUGAGGUGGGGGCUGAGACUCUGCUUUUCUAACACAUCUUUAGAUAGUGCUGAUUCUGCUGUGGGGAUACUUUUGAAUUACAAGAACCUAUCUAUCUUUAUAAUCAUAUCUAUAGAUUCCUCAAAAAUGUAAAAUCCAACUUGAGAAAUGCCAUGGUAAUUAAAUUGAGUCAUGGAACACUAUCACAAAAUGGGAAAAUAAUUGUAAAGCUGUAACUUAAAUGUUUACUUUUUAGUAAAGCUACCAAAUAUAUUUGACUAUAAUUAUGCUGUGUUUCAUAACAAAAGACUAUUUUGCAAAGCCAACUCUUUCGGAAUGGCAAAGCCAGUAACUGUGUAGCUAGGUUCAUAUUAAGUUGUAGUCUCAGUAUUUUGGAGAGAAGCCAAAAUAUUAAAUUUGUAGAGUAGAACUGCUUCUAGGGUUUCCUAAACUGUAAUCUUUAUGGAAGCAGACUGCCACAACUUUCUCCCACUGAGCUGCUGGAGGGUUCAAACCACAGACCUUUCAGUUAGCAGCCAAGUACUUAACCACUGUUCCACCAGGGAUCCUGGAAAGAGAAUUAAAAGCCCCUUUUUUUGUAGACUCAAGGCAUAGUGGGGCAGUUGGGCACCUCACAUAGAUUAACCUCAUACAGGAAGAGCAACAGAGAACAAGAGAGUACAAAGUUUUGUUGUAAAAGCUACUUGAAGAAACUCACUACUAUAAGUAAAUUGCUAUUGAAGUAAGCCAGAGGGUAUUUAUAAAAUAUUCUUGCCUCAAGAAAAGUAAAGGUGUCUUCUUCCACACAUAGAUAGUAAUAUCAAAAAUAAUUUAAAAAGAAAAAUGGAGCCAACAUGGUGCUAUAGAAAGGAGCACCAAGCUGUCCCUCCACAGCAAAGACCCAAAAAACUCAGUAAAACAGAGACAAAGGUCAAUCUUGGAGCCCCAAGCAUCAAAUGAAGAGAUAAAGAACUCAACCAAAAUUAAUCAGAACUAAAAGAUUUACAACAGGGAACCGGAGAGAUUAACCUGUAAAUGGCAUCAAUGUCAGAACCGUAAAAAAGGGAAUAAACAUAUAGGUAUAGAACUUUCAAAUGGAGAGGAAUGCAAGUCAAGACCAAAUAAUGAAAGACUAGUUCAAAUUUGGGAAGGUAAGGUAAAUUUCAAGGUAACCACAAAGAAAGUUUGCUCAUCAAAAUGGAGAAGAAAAACACUCAGUAAACACAAAAUCUAUAAAAACAAGGAAAAAAAAUCCACAAACAAAAGGAAUUCACAGGAGAGUAAGAGGAACAAAGAAAACAGCACCACACACACACACAAAAAAAAAACUACAAAAUGACAGCAAUAAACUCAUACCUAUCAAUAAUUACAGUGAACAUAAAUGACAUAAAUGCACCUGUACAGAGACAGAGAGCGACAGAAUGGAUAAAAAAACAGGCUCCAUCAGUACGCUGUCUACAAGAGACACACCUCAGAAACAAAGACAUAAAUUUAUUAAAAAUCAAAGGAUGGGAAAAAAAUACAUCAAGCAAACAGCUACCAAGGAGCAGGAGUGGCAAUACUAUAAAAGAUAAUGAUUAGAGGGACAAUCCAUCAUGAAGACAUAACCAUAAUAACUACGUACCCAAUGACAGGGCUCCAAAAUACAUAAACUCUAACGGCACCGAAAGAGAAAUUGACAGUUCUGCAAUAAUAGUAGGAGACUUCAACCCACCACGGUCAGUAAAGGACAGAAUAACUAGAAAGAAAUUCAACAAGAUGCAGAAGAUAUAAAGGACACAAUCAGUCAACUCGACCUAAUAGCAAUAUACAGAACACUCCACCCAAUAGCACAGAAAUACACACUUUUUUCCAACAUACAUGGGACAUUGUCCAGAAUGGACCACAUCUUAGGCCUCAACAAAAUCCAAAACAUAAUACAAGGCAUGUUCUCUGAUCAUGAUGCCAUCAAAGUAGAAACUAACAACAGGAAGAGCAAGGAAAAAAAGUCAAUUACAUAGAAACUGAGUAACAUCCUGCUUAAAAACCACUGGGUAAUAGAAGAAAUCAAAGAUGGAAUCAAAAAUUGCCUAGAAUCAAACGAGAAUGAAAACACAUCAUGCCAAAACUUUUGGGACACAUCAAAGGCAGUACUCAGAAGUCAAUGUAUAGCACUAGAUACAGACAUCAAAAAAGAAGAAAGGGACAAAAUCAAAACAUUGGCUACACAACUUGAACAAAUAGAGAACAGCAAAAGAAGCCCACAGCCACCAGAAGAAAUAAUAAAGACCAGAGCAGAAAUAAAUGAAAUAGGAAAAAAAAAAGAAAUCAUCAACAAAACCAAAA